AUGAAGGUCUCUCCAUCCGUCUCCGUCUCCCGCCGCAAGUCCCGCGCAGCCCACUUUGGCGCAUCCUCCGAUGUCAGGCGGACGAUCAUGUCCGCUUCUCUGUCCAAGGACCUGCGGGGGAAGCUGCACGUCCGCUCCAUCCCUAUAAGGAAAGACGACGAAGUCCUCGUCGUGCGGGGUCAGUACAAGGGGCGCGAGGGGAAGAUCACUCAAGUGUACCGGAAGAAAUUCGUUGUGCACGUCGAGCGGAUCGCGCGGGAAAAAUCGAACGGGUCUACUGCCCCCGUCGGCAUCCACCCUAGCAACUGCGUCAUUAUCAACCUUAAGAUGGACAAGGAUAGGAAGGCGAUCCUUGAGCGUAGGGAUAGGAGCAAGUCGAAGAAGGGUGAGGAUGUCGAGAUGGUUGACGUGAUGGGGUGUGGCUAA